GCGGACCUUGCCGUGCACAAACGCAAAGUUGAUGACGUGCGCAGAUGGCUCACUGAGUCAUUUGAUGGCGGGAAGCUCAAGAAGUUCCGUAGGCUACUGGUUCUAACAGGCCCGGCUGGCUCGGCCAAGACAACGACCAUACGGGUUCUAUCCCGCGAGCGAAACAUCGAGGUCAUCGAGUGGAGGAGCUCUCUUAACAUUUUCCCGGUCUCUGAAUCAUUCGGUCGUAAGCUUUUCUUUCUUCCACCGACAUGGCAUCAUCGUCACCUGGCAGAAGAGCACGCAGGACACUAUGACUAUGAAAGCAUGAUUGAUCAAUUCGAAUCAUUCCUCACGCGCGCGGGAUCAUACCAUUCAUUAUUUACACCAGCUUCAAUCCCGGCUUGCUCGCAGCCAAUCGGGUCCACUAUCCGCAAUACGCCAGGCUCAAACUCCCGACAGCUUAUUCUUCUCGAGGAUCUCCCGAACAUACUGCAUCCAGCCGUUCGGGAACGAUUUCAUCACGCGCUGCGCACUCACGUUGAGAAUAUGCGGGAGGAUGCCGCGCCCGUCGUGAUUGUGCUGAGCGAUACAGGUAUCAGAGGAGAAGGUGGGGAGGAGAGAUGGGCGGAAGGCAGUAAUGCGCGGGCAAGAGGCCGCGACGAUGUCGUAGAUUUCCGAGCAGUCAUGCCACCUGGGAUGGGUGCUGCUUGGGUCACCCAGAUCGCGUUUAAUCUGAUCACUCCAACAACUCUCACCUCCGCCUUGAAGGCCCUUCUAGCCAAAGCGGGAGCGACAGUGUCACAAACGAUGCUGACCGCAAUUGUUGACGGAGCAAAUGGGGAUAUACGCAGUGCGGUCAUGCGACUGGAGUUUGCUUGCGCUAAGACUAGUUCAGGCGAGUCUGGGCAGAGAGACAAAUCGUUAGUAGUAGCAGCAAGGCGUGAGAGUGCGCUCGCGCUUUUUCAUCUUGUCGGCAAGGUGCUCUACAAUAAACGGAAAGGAGAUCUCCCACCCGCUUCUGCGACGAAGAGAGAGAGAUUAGCUGAACAAGCACUAGAUACGACCCUCAAAAAUCCGAAGCCACUACCAUCAUGGAUCAAAUUUGAAGAGAGGCGAACAAGUAGGGUUGACGUCGAUGCACUGUAUGCGGACACGUCGGUUGAUGCAUCACUCUUUGGAUUGUAUAUCCAUCAAAACUAUACUCAAUUCUGUGAAGAGAUUGACCAGUGCGAUGGAGUUAUGGAUGGGUUAAGCUGGCUUGAUGCAAAUGGGGGUGAGAGUUGGCACCAAACAAAUCCAUACACUUUCCAUCUGCAAACACUUUCGACACUUCAUGCUCUUCCAAGCCCUGUGCCAAGAAGUGGACAAAGAUUCGGGAAGCCUGAGUUCUUUGACAGUCUGAAGAAGGAGACAAAAGCUCUUAGUGUCAUUGAUAUAGUUGCAGGCUGGCUGGUCAAGAGGAUUUUAAUAAUAAUCACACAGAAUAGCACCAUAGGUCCAGUCUGUGGAUGGUCUCGAAAGUCUGCUGCUCUUGAAUUGGGUGGUAUACUCAGGAUACUGGACUCUAAUCUUCACAUCCCACACAUCAUUCCUUCUUCCUUGUUUGCUCAGGGUGUAAAGUGCCUAAGAGAUCAUAAGGUAUUCUCAGAGUUCAUAUUUUACAAGAAUCCUACAACACUAGUGCAAGACAAAGAAGAAAUUCCUUUAUCUUUGAGUAUUGACAAAAUUAGUAAAAUAACGGUUUUAGAAGAAGAAAUAAGUAGGGCUGGAGAGUUAGAAGAAGACAAGAUUGAAUUGUUCGAAUAA